AUGAAUAUGAGCUCUGAUUCUGAUUUCAAGCCUAGAAUCGAUAUGAAAUUUGAUAGCUUAGAUGAUGCUUGGAUGUUUUGGGUUCAAUAUGGGGGAAAAGAAGGUGUUCGUAAAGAGGACAAAAGGGAUUCUUUGACGAUUAAUCCUCGACUUGAGACUCGAACAAAUUGCCAAGUAAGGUUGGGGGUGACCUAUGUGAAGGGUAUAUAUAAAGUAAAUGAGUUUAAGGAAGAGCAUAAUCAUCCCCUCCACCUUCCCGAGACAAAAUCAUCUUUUGAUUUGAUGACUAGACACGCUGGAGGAAGAGAUGGGAUUGGUUACACUAUCUUAGACGCUAAGAAUUAUCUUCGAUCUAAGAGACAAAGAAGCAUGGUGUAUGGAGAAGUUGGUUGUUUGAUGAGAUACUUUCAAGAUCAGUUAUCUAAAAAUCCAUCAUUUUACCAUGUGAACCAAAUGGAUAUGGAAGAGCAAAUAACUAAUGUUUUUUGGGCAGAUGCAAGAAUGUUGAUUGAUUAUGAGUACUUUGGUGAUGUUGUGUCAUUGGAUACGACAUACUAUACAAAUCGUGAUAAUAGACCACUUGCCGUAUUCUCGGGUUUCAAUCAUCAUAGAAAAGCUGUCAUUUUUGGCGCAGCAUUUUUGUACGAUGAAACAACAGCAUCAUUCAAAUGGCUGUUUGAAACAUUUUUAGAUGGACACAAACACAAAAGGCCUCUCACCGUCUUCACUGACCAGGAUCAAGCUAUGGGAAAAGCCUUGCAUGAGGUAAUGCCAGAGACAUUUCAUGGAUUAUGA